AAAAUCUGAAGAAAAAAUUAAAUUUAAAGGAUUAAUAGCUUGAAAAGAAAGAAAAUAGUUAAUUCAACAAGUUUUGGAGUGAAGGAACAUGUGCUUAGAUAUAGAUCACCACUAUAAUAAUCAGAAAAUAAUAGUGAAUCAAAAUUAUACGGGAAAUUUUACAAUGAUGGAAACAGACAGUCCAGCUUCAGAACUUAAAUUAAACAUCAAGAGCUUAUGCGGAGGAAGUUUAAUCGAUGAUAAACCAAUCUUUGAUGCUAAUGGAGAAAUCAUUUAUGUGAUCCGAAACGACAAAAUUCGGGCAUACAGCGUAGAAACAGGAGAAUUGAUUACAGAACUAGCUGACAACAAGAAUGGAACCAUCGUUGGAUUAUUUUUAGAUCCUAACACAAAGAAGUCAUUGAUUUCUUGUACGGUUCAUGGAGAAAUUUCAUUUUGGAAACUUGAUUCCAAUUUAAUAACACUAAGAAAGAAACUCGAUAUUAAGAUGUUGGCAAUAGUAAAAAGAUUCUUAGUCACACUAGUUGAUGACAUUUUACAUGCUGUAGUCCACUAUAUUGAUACUGACAAAACAUCCAGUAUAGUGCUAAUGGAUAUGACAAAAAAUGAAGUCGUGCAUCAAUUUAAUUUACCAGGAUUAGAUAAAAAUUCAGAAGCAAAAGUGAAAUUUGCUGCUGGAAAUGGAUUCAUAGCUAUAACUCAUAAACUGGAUCUUUUUGUGAUUGAUAAGAAAUCUUUUGAAUUUAAACAUCACAAGAAUUCAUUCUUCCCAAUUAAUGUUGUUGAAUGUCAUCCAACAGAUGAUAUAAUUGCAACUGGAGAUAUUAAAGGAAAAAUUAUUCUUUGGAGUAAUAUCUUUAGCAAGAAUGCAGUAAAGAAUGAACUUCAUUGGCAUCAUCAAAUUGUCUUAAGUAUUGCGUUCUCACAAUCUGGAACUGUCUUAUAUUCUGGAGGAACUGAGUGUGUUCUUGUAAAAUGGCAAAUUAAGGAGAAAUCACAAGAAAAAAACUUUUUACCUCGUGUAUCAGGAAGCAUUAAACAAAUUAGUGUAGAUCCAGCACAUGAUAAGCUUACAAUAUCGUUAGAUGAUAAUGCUAUUCAGAUCAUUAACUCAAAUCUUAAUCAACUUAAGACAAUUCAGGAUUUUACACAAAUUUCAGCAUAUGAUUUGGGAUUGAAUCAACAAUUUCCUGCAAAAAUUACUGUUAAUCCAAAAAAUCAGCAUUUAGUCUUGAACGGACGAAUUGGUCACUUACAGUUCUUCUCAACAAAAACUAUGAGACUCUUAUUUAACAUCGAUAUUACCAUGCAAAAUGCAAUUCCAAGACAGAAAAACUGCAAUCAUUUUUCAACGGAAGUAACUCACGUUGCAUUUUCGUCAUGUGGAAAGUGGAUGGCUACAAUUGAGUGCUGGAAUGAUCGAAUGUCUUCAAUAGAGUCACGUCUUAAAUUUUGGUCGUUUAUGGAACAAAAGCAAACAUAUGCCUUGCACACACAGAUCGAACAGCCACACGACAAGAACAUAAUCAGCGUGUCAUUUUCAAAUAUUGAUGACUCAUACAUUUGUGCAACAGCUGGAUUAGAUCGUGCCAUAAAAAUCUGGUCACUUGAAGCUUCAGAAGAAAUCAAAAAUCCGAAAAUGAUUUGGAUGCUAAUAGAGCAAUUGAGCUACAAAAACUUACCAAUUAGAUGUCUAACAUUCUCACAAGAUUCUUCAUUACUUUCUGCUGGUUUCGGAAAUGUUUUAUGCGUUUGGGACGCAAUUGAUUUCAAAUUAAAGUGUGCACUAAGUGCACCGUCUAUUCUGGAUGGAUCAACAAAUCGUGUUUUAAUUUCAUUAUCCAGCAAAAGUAAAGGAAGUAAGACGAAAAAUACAUUGUCAAGUCUUGCUGAGAAAAGACAAAAGACUUUACAGAUGAUGAAUGCAAUUAUUAAUGAUCCAGCAUCAAAUCAAUCGCUCGUUAAGAACAUGACAGAAGAGAAAAGUCGAAUUUUCAAAAGAAAGUCAUUGGAAGGUGUCAAGCCUAAAAAUUUGAAGCAUAAUGAAAAGAAAUUAAUUUUCCAGACAGUCAUGUCCACAGCAAACCUUAAUUUUAAUGAAAAACUUCAAGUUUUACAUAAGUUGAACAUUUAUUACAACAUUAGCAGUCGAUUAGAAAAUGAUGUAAUUGAUUUCAUAUCAAAAAACAUCGCUGAAGAUCAGCAUCUUUACAAAUCACUGAGAAGCAGCAUAAAUGAAGUCAAAACUUAUUCAAAAUUCAAACUUUUAUGGAGAUACAAUACAUGGAAAAAUUUGGACGUGAAAAGGAAUCGUAAAAUUAUAACAGUGAGGAAAUUACUGAAAAGUCCGAUUAAGGAAGAUGCAAUUAAGCAUAAAAGCUCACAGCCUGAAAACACAUUUUUACCUGUCAAAAACACCAACCAUAUAAACAGCAUUCACUUUUGUACAGACGAGUUAUCGCAUCUUGUUAUAAUUAGCACAUCAAACAGAAUUUUGGUUUGGAAUCUUUUGACAUUAAAGAUCCAAGGCUCAUUUAAAAUCCAAUGCAAGCAUAUUGCGCUCGAUCCACUCACAAAUCUUGUAGCAAUUUUCACAAAAUUCAAUGAAUUGUUUGUUAUUCAUCCAUCACCGCCAAUGACUAUAUUCCAUCAGAAAAAUAUACCUAAAAUCUGUAGUGCUAUUUGGGUACCACAAGAGAAUCCAAGACGUCAAUCGUUGAGUGUUAAUUGGCAAGCAGCUUCACAAUUACUGUUCUUAACUGAAGAUCAAGAGAUUUGUUGCUUAUCUUCACCAAAUGAUGAGGAAAUUAUUGACUUGACUCCAUUUAUGAGUGACAUUAAUGAAUAUUCGACAACCACGCCACUUGCAACAAUGCUGACGAGAAAAGACACUAGAAAUCAAGCUAGAGACAUUUCAAUUCAACAUAUUAUCACGAAUGGAUCUGGAAAUGUUAAGGAGUUAAUCAACCUGUCAAAUCAUGGAAUGCCUCCAAUGUCGAAACUUUGCAACGAAUUUGUUGCAUCACUCCUGACAUCCCAACGCAAAACUGUUGAGAAAUCUGAAGCAAUUCAAUUUUUGGACACAACUGCUAUUGAAUUUAGUGACGAAGAAAUGGAAGUAACUGAAAUUGAUGAGACAGCAGCGAAAAGAAAGGCUUAUGAGGAAAGUGAGAAGAAGAUUAAGGAACAUAUUGCCAAAAAGAAGGAAGCUGAUUUGAAUAUUGAGAUUGAAUUGAAAAAUAUGAAGUUAGAUGAAAUUGUUGACUUUUGUAUCACUAAGAAUUAAAGUUUUUAAAUUUUGAUUGAAUUACCAAAAGUGAAAUAAAUAUUUUUUAGUAAUAA